GUAACUGUUCUGAUACUCUUCUUUUUUAACUGCAUUCUUCCACUACUGUUUUUUUCUCCCACGCUGCUUUCGCUUCCCGCCAUGGCCGCUCUUAAAUUCUACUAGUGAACAGAAACUAUCCGAUCGAAGACGAAGAUUUCAAUCAAUGGAUUCCAUCAUAUCAUCAGCUGUCGAAGAAAUCUGUUCGACAGGUCGCGACGGCGUUGCUUUAUCUUCUCUCUGCUCAAAACUCGCUUCGAGCGUCGAAAUUAAACGGGUCCUGUGGGAAAACCUACUUCAGAUUCCAGCGCUUCAGUUUCGGAAGCGGAAUCGUGUUUACGAUAGCAAUGAUCGUUUGAUUCAGCCGUUUGACGAUGCGGAAAAGCUGGAUUUGAAUGUUGUUGCUAAGGAAAAAUUGUGCGAUAAUUUUUUAGGCAUUUAUGAUUUCUCUUUGGGAGGUGAAGAAAAAGAGUUCCAUCAACAGCCUCUCGUUCUUGAACGUAUUGCCAGUGCUAGGACGAAUGGAAUAACUCAAAGCCAACUUAGCAAGGAAUUUGGAAUUGAAGGAAACAGAUUUUUCUAUUUGGUAAAGAAGCUUGAGAAAAGUGGCUUAAUCAUAAGACAAGAAGCACGUGUGAGAACUAGAGGAAGUGGUAAACAAUGCCUAUCAACAAAGUUAAUUCAUUUAUACCGUUAUGCAAAGCAGUUGAGAUCUCAAGAGAAAUUUGAGGUUACCAAAGACGAAGGGACGUGGACAAAGAGGAUUCAAACGUAGAACAUAUUGAAGAGGAUAUUCUUGUUAACGAUAGUGUGCCGCUAAUGAAAUCAAUCUGUGAUAAACUUGAAGAAGCUCAUGGCAAGGUUCUUGUCAUGUCAGAUAUUAAACGUGAUCUUGGCUAUGUCGGGUCACGGCAGGCAAAACAUAGAUGGCAGAAAGUAUAUGAUAGAUUGAAAACUGCUGGUGUAGUAGAGGAGAUUAAUGUAAAAGUGAAUGGGAAGGAUAAGCGGUGUUUGCAUUUGCUAAAAAAAAUUCACGUUCGGAUUUUGAGAAAAAUACGAUCAGAUGUGUUGAAGGCAAAGAGCUGAAAUUGGGAAGAUUUCAAAUAGCUGACCAGCUUGUGGGGCUUCCAUUGAUCAUCAGAUUUAUGACACAAUUGAUGCUACAGGAUCCAAAGGAAUGCUUAUUACAGAGGUAGGCAAGAGGUUCGGAAUUGAAAAGAAGCCGAAUCAUAGGAACUGUUUUCUAAUGAGCAACAAAUUUGGGAUGCCUAUGCAGAUGGAACUUCAUAAUAAAAGCAUGAAUACAGAAUUUGGACAGCCAGGAACAGUGAAUCUUCUAAUGUAAUUCCAAGUAGAUCAAAUGACCUUUUCAGCAAAAAUUAUAGUUUGGGUGUUGCCAACCCUAGGUGUUCAGAUGGAUCAGCCCGAAUCUCAGAUCUUUGGAAUUCUGAAAGUGACACCCUUUGGAAGACAAACGACUAUGAAAAUGAAAUGAAUCUCUCUUUUUGCUCUCGAAGAGAUAGUGAGGCAAGUAAUAGUAUCUCCAAUAUGUGCAAGCCACAAGAGUUGAUCCAUGAAACAAGAGCAGUGUCUCCAAACAGAACAGUUCAUUCUGUGAAGACUGCAACAUUGAUGCUUAAAGCUUGUCAGUCUUCGACAGUUGAUAGCGCCCGGAGAGGGCAGAGAAUACUUGAACUAUUGCAGGUUGAAAAGAUUGUCUUGAGAACAGAGCUAUAUAGGUUUCUUGUGAAUCUCGAGAAAGACAAAGGCACAACAAUGGACAGGAAAACUGUAGACAAAAUAUUGCAGAAGCUUGCAAAUGAAGGGCAAUGCAAAUAUAUAGACCUAGAUAUACAUGAGAUUAUGGAUACUUUUGUUAACCGCAAAGUCAAGGUGGUACUGUACCCAUCUAUUCAAAGUUUAUCUUCUGAAGUAAUUGGUGUAAUUCGUGCUAGAAUCAAGUCUUCUAGAAAGCUUGCUCAUGGGAAGACCUCAUUCAGGAAGAGGAACAAUAACCCAGUCCGUCUAUUGGAUUGUGUUCAAAUAACACAAAUUUAUGAUAGUUCGAAUUCCCUCUCUCUUAGGACGGAAGCCAUGCGUGCUAAUGGAUUCAUAUUUGGAAAAAUGGUAAAAGCAAGGCUGUUGCAUAGUUAUCUCUGGGACUAUGCACGUGGUUUAUCUGCUAGGGGUGAUGUUUUAUCAGAUGGGAGACAAGAUAAUGAUCUACAGAAACCUUAUAUCAUUCAUAAUCUGUUUGAUAUGGAAGGAGCCACCAAGGAAAUUCCACUUGAGCUAUUUCUUCAAGUUGUGGGUUCUACUGUUAAAGUUGACAACAUGAGAGAGAAGUUUAAGAAGGGAGUGUGUUUAUGUGAUCUUUCUAUUCAAGAGUAUAAUGAUCUAAAUGAUGCUUCGGCAAUUAGGAGACUGUCUUCAAUUGUAACUAUUUUACAGAGGCUGAAGUUGAUUCGGCUAGUAACUAGAGGAAGUUCUGAUGCUGAAGUCAAUUUGUCACAUGCCAGUCCUGUUUAUGCCCUGGAGCUUAAGCCUUAUAUAGAGGAACCAUUAUUGGUUGCAACACAUUCAAAUUCUGGGUUUCUUGAUCUUGGCCCAGAACAGGAGAUUGUCAGACAUGAGUUUAUCCUCUCAAACAGAGAUGACGUUGAUGAAUACUGGCAAUUUUUGGAAUAUACUUAUGCUAGGGUUGAUCCAAAAGUUGGUUCGCAUGCAUUACCAGGGUAUACUGUUCAUGAGAUUUUUGGAUACAGAUCAUGGACCUCUGUUCGAAGAAUGACUGUUGGUCAGCAUGCAAUGCUCUACUGAAACUUCUAGCCAAGACCAAAUGCAAUGAAAAACUUCCAUACAAAAAAUGUAAGGAGAUUGCAAAGAACCUAAAUCUCACCAUGCUGCAGGUGCUUUGUGUAUAUAAUUCUAAGCUGCGACGUCGUCAAAGAAAUAAAAUUGUAAAUGAACUGGAGACCGAAUCCGAUCCGAUGGUCAUUAGUUCCUUUCUCAAAAAAGGAAAAGAUCUGCAAGAUCUA